AGAAAAGUUUGGUUAGGCUUCUUUUAAAGCGAAUUGAACCAAACACAAGCAGUUCCUUAAAAUAUAUGACGCUUACUUCGUAUUUGAAUUAACUGCGUGGACGUUUAGUCAUAGUUAAACAUGUCAGGCUGUCAGAGAGUGCUCAAAUGUUUCUGCACUUGUUAUUUUGACCCAUGAAUGCAGAAGUUGUCCAGCGGAGGAAGGAUAAUGGCAAACCACACUGAGGUUUUCUUCUCGGAGCAGGUGAUCGUGUUGACCUCCUGCGCGCUGUCUUUCCUCGGCUCGUCUCUCAUCAUCAUCACUUACAUUAUUUGGCCGGAGUUGAGGACAACUCCGAGAAAACUGCUGGUGUGGCUCUCGGUGUCGGACUGGUUUUCCGCUGUGUCCUACGCCUAUGGAGUCGGGAAAGUUUUCCACACGGACUCGGUGGACUGUGUGGUUCAAGGAGCGAUAUCCACCUUCGCCAACACCAGCUCGUUUUUUUGGACCGUGGCAAUCGCUCUUUACCUCUACGUGUUUAUCGUGAGGUCGAACAAAAGGGGAGCAGACAGUUUGGUGUUGUUUUUUCAUCUUAUUAGCUGGGGUGUUCCUCUGGCCAUCACGGUUGCAGCAUUGUGCUUGAAUAAAAUUGGCUAUGAUGCAUCUGAGGUGUCCGUGGGCUGGUGCUGGGUCAAGAUCCAGGCUCCAGAUCAUGUUAUGUGGAUGCUUCUGACUGGAAAGAUCUGGGAGUUCCUGGCCUAUGUCACUCUGCCCGUCCUCUACAUAUUGAUAAAAAGACAUAUUCACAUAGCGCAUGCAGCCUUGGCUGAGUACCGUCCCAUCUUGGCCAGUAGUGCCACAGCUCACUCCUUCUCAUCAAUGGCUGACAUGAAGUUAACUCUGAUUCCUGUAAUAUUUAUCUGCCUCCGGAUCUGGAGCACAGUCCGCUUCAUUCUGCUGUUGGCCAACUCUACCGCCAGACAACACCCAUUGCUGGUCACUUUGCACGGAAUUGGCAACACAUUUCAGGGAGCGGCCAACUGCAUUAUGUUUGUGCUGUUCACUCGUCCCAUCCGCUCGCGCCUCUGCAACGCUCUGUGCUGCUGCUGCUCCCGCUGUACAUCCAACGAGGGCACUGCAGAGGGCGACACUACUGGACAGGCCCAGACCGAAAGAUGACACCAAAAAUACAUACGGUACUCAAAGGUUGAACUGUGGUGGAUGGGCUACAUAGUCACCUUAUUAUGGAAAGUGCCUCCUAUCUCUCCAAUCUAAAGUGAAGCAUAAUGUCUAUGUUUUAAUGGUGCACUGUGGAACUUUUAUGGCAGCAGGCUUGUCUGCAUGUAGAUGUUAUUUCUUGGCUUAGAAUGUUGCACAAUAUGGCAUUACACUUCUAAAGCUUUUAUAUUUUUAUAGCAAUAACAUCUUCAUGGAAUCAAGACCCUCUACCAGAACAGUUACAAAGUGGUGGGUACAGGGAGUAAUGUUACAUACUACGACAAUGUCCAAACACUCCAGUAUUUUCUGUUAUGCCUGUUAAAGUACAUUGGAGCAGCUGUGUAUAUUUUUAAUAUUGUGUCAGUACUGUGAACUAUUCAUUUUACACUCUUUUACAUCGGUAUUGAAGGGUUUUUGUUACAGAUGUUUGUAGGUGGUUAUAUUAAAAUGUAUAUUGUUUAAAAAUAUGUAAUGUAAUGUUGUAAUGUUUUGGUACUUAUUUUUCCUUCAACAAAAAAGUCCCUUUAGGCUGCUCCUCCAGGGAUCAUUAGAGGUCAUUGUGCAAUAAUUUUGCCAGACUACUUCAGAUUAUUUAAUGACUAUGAAACCCUGAUCAACUUCAAAAUUACACACGCGUUUGUUUCACUGUAAAAUUUAAUGAACCAAAGUCGAAGGCACUUUAGCACACAAAUUACGUACUUACUCUGACACGCUGUUAAAACAUCUCACCCACAGUUUCCUUUGGGUUUUUUUACUGAAUGUAACACAUAUAAAUAACAUUGUUUCCAUUGCUUCAUCACUCAUUCUUUUCACCAUUGCAAUAAUGAAAUAUUCAAGUGAUCAUCAUUUGACUCAGACUCACUGUGGGCAGGAUGCAUGAACCAUCACAUGUCGCCCUUCCGCAUAAAAGCCACACUUUACUUCUCCUUUGACUCUUUCAGCAGAAGUUUUCUACAGUUAGCUUAGUUUGCUGAUCAUGGCUUGUUUCAUGGUCUCAGCUGCAGCUUCAGUUUGGCAGUCAUUACUUAAAGCCCCAGAGAUCUCGUCAGGUGAAGAAACUACAGCCAAUAAAAACAACUUUUUCAGCAGACUUGGUUAAUGUACUGCUUUGGCAAAUAUUUAUCAGUGAGAUAAACUACAGGUUAAUGAGUGAUUUUUAAAGGUUGCAAAGAACAUUUGGCAAAAACACUGCUGCUAUUACACUAUCCCAAAAUGUUAAAGUUAACUUGUUUAAUGAAUAAAUGUUUUUAUUAUA